AUGGGAUAUUCGGUCAAUCUUGGUCAGGGAGACGCGCGAAUGACGGCCGUUGAGAAGUUGAGGGGCAUGUUGGCCGAUGCGGAGAAGUUUAUUGCAUGUCCAGGAGUGUAUGAUGGGUUCACGGCAAGAAUUGCACUGAAUGAAGGAGUGGAUUGCUUGUAUAUGACAGGCGCAGGCACCACAAUGUCUCGGCUGGGUAUGGCAGACAUGGGCAUUGCAACCCUGAACGACAUGCUCACCAACGCCUCCAUGAUCGCCAACCUCGAUCCCUCCGUACCCGUAAUCGCCGACGCCGACACAGGCUUUGGCAGCGCCAUCAUGGUCGGCCGAACAGUGACACAAUAUAUUCGCCACGGCAUUGCUGGCCUCCACAUUGAAGACCAAGUGCAAAACAAGCGAUGCGGCCACCUCAAAGGCAAACAAGUCGUCGACAUCCAAGAGUUCGCUUCACGGAUACGAGCAGCCUGCAUGGCGCGCAAGCAAAGCGGAUCCGACAUCGUCAUCAUCGCACGCACAGACUCCCUGCAAGGCCACGGCUACGACGAAGCGAUAAAACGGCUGAAGCGCGCCAUCAACGAAGGCGCCGACGUUGCCUUUCUCGAGGGCAUCGAGUCCGAGGCCGACGCCCGGCGGGCGUGUGCAGAACUCGCGCCUACCCCUUGUCUCUUCAACAACGUGCCUGGCGGUGUGUCGCCGGACUUUGGCGUCAAAGAGUGCAGGGAUAUCGGGUUCAAGCUUGCCAUCUUUCCUUGUCUCGCCCUCGAGAUUGUUUAUCCCGCUGUGAGGCGGGCGGUCCGCGAGUUGAAGGAGACGGGCAAUGUGCAGAGUCCCGAGAAGGAUGGCAGGAGGAUUAGUCCGAGGGAGUUGUUUAGGGUGUGUGGUAUGGAUGAGUUGAUUGAGUUUGAUGUGCAGGCUGGUGGCACGGCGUUUCAGGGUGGAGCUUAA